AUGCUAUCCAAAAGUCAGUCCACAUUUAUCAAGAACAAUUCAUUUGCCCCUCUUUCCAAAAUUCCGUCGAGCCCGAACCCUAAUAAACCCAAACCAGGCGUGGACGACGAGGUCCGAGCCCCUCUUUCCAAAAUUCCGUCGAGCCCUUCUUUCAUUUGCGAUGACGAGGUCCACCGAGGUUUCCAGGCGUGGAUGAACGGGGGAAAUCUUGUCCGAAAGGGACAAUUCCGAUACGAAGAUUGGCAGACUUUGUGGAGCUCGGCAGGAAAUCCAUUGACAGCUACAGAGGCAUUUGCUAGGACGCAGUUCGUCCGCCGUGCCGCUGUAUACUUCCACAAGUCCGCUGCCGUGCACUCGCCGUUCGUCCGCCGCGCCUCCGCCAUCUUAGUCCUGCCGUUGGUCCGUCACGCCUCCGCCAUCUCAGACCGGCCGUUGGUCCGUCGCGCAUCUGCCACAGACACACACACAACCCAGACGCCGUCGGACAGCACCAUCGGCAGCCUUGGGUUCCGUCCGCCGCCACCAAACCGCAGCCGUCGACCAACACAUCCUAACGGCCCAAGCAAACAAACCCCUCCCCCACACAAUCUAACGGCGACAGUUGAGGUCAAACGAAGUCGUGGACCGCCCCCGCCGAAGACCCUCAUCCCUCCAACACUAGGCAAAGAAGAGAGAAAGGAAGAUAGGAGCGCGCACCUCAAGCUCGAUCACCCCCGAAGCGACAAUCGACUUCGACACUGCUGCCGUGAAGUCGGAACGAUAAAGCAAAUCCGGCCAUCGCCACCCGAAACAGUGGAAAAUCCACUCGGACUGAUGGACCCAAAUCGUUGUAUUUGCCUUUAG